AUGCUCUCCCACCUCACAGUCGCCGCAGCGGCACUUCUGUCGCUCGUCAACGCUCAUCCUCCACCACCGCCACCUCCAGGCCCUCCAGGUCCACCAGGCUAUGGCCCAGGAAAUGGGAACCCUAGCAGCGGCGGUGUCUACUCAACUCAAUGGGAGCAGCUUCAAGGAAGCAAUUACCUUCCCUCCGUCAAUUGGGCCAAUGCCAACUGGCCACCUCAAAAUGUUGGCGUGGCAUUGGUGCCGCAAGCACCUGAUCAAGAGCUGAUUAGUUUGAUUGAGGGUAUUGAUGUGAAUCGCGUCAAAGAUAUUGUGACAACUCUCACGAACUUCGGCACCCGCCACACCCUCUCCCAGCAAAACAGCAGCACCCGCGGGAUCGGCGCCGCUAGAGACUGGAUCUACAAGGAAAUGCAGAGCCUCGCCGCACCAGCCGAUGGCUCCAUGUCCGUCUACUUCAACUCUUACAUCCAGCCCAUUGCCAGCCGGAUCCUUUUCCCCGUGAACAUUACGAACGUCGUGGCCCAGAUCAACGGAACCACGGAUCCUAACCGCGUCUACGUCGUCACUGGGCACUACGACAGUCGUCGGAUCGACAUCAAUGAUUAUGUGAACGAUGCUCCUGGCUCCGACGACGACGCUACGGGCGUGGCGGUAGUCAUGGAGAUGGCGCGGCUCGUUGCAGCGUCCAAGGUGAAGCCAGCGGCGACCAUGAUCUUCGCUGCCACGGCUGGAGAAGAACAGGGUCUCUAUGGCUCUGCUAAUCUCGCUUCGACGCUCAAAAAGGCGGGUUAUAAUGUCGAAGGAAACUGGAAUAACGAUAUCAUCGGUACAGGCAAGAAUGCUCCCUUCAGUGCUGUAAACGAUUACACUGUUCGCUUGUUUGGGGCGAGUAUCUACUACCCAAAUGCCUCUUCCGCGAGUCUGGAUAGCACUAUCGGAAUCAUAGGCGGCUGGAACGACUCGCCCGCUCAGAACCUAGGCCGGUAUAUCGCUGAAGUGGCGGCGGGAGCAGCGCAAUGGGUUGGUAUGCAAGUCGCCUUGAUAUACCGUUCGGACCGCUACUUGCGUGGUGGAGACCACGAGAGCUUCCUCGCUCAAGGGUUUCCAGCUGUGAGGUUCACGGAGGCGGUGGAGGAUUUUGCUCAUCAGCAUCAAGAUCCACGCGAGCAGGAUGGCAUCCAAUACGGAGAUCUGCUUGAGUUCGUGGACUUCGAGUAUACCUCCCGUGUCGCCAAAGUCAAUUUAGCAUCCAUGUGGUCCGCGGCAAACAGCCCAGGAACGCCGACCAACGUCUCUAUCUCCGAGAUCAUUGGGUUUCCUGCUGCGGCGGAAGACACGCCCAUCGAAGAUAUUAGCAACGACUCCCAGUUCUCGUGGGAUACUGGUAAGGACUCUCUCGUGAAGAGUUACGAGAUCGUGUGGAGGCCUUCGGGGGCGCUGCAGUGGACGCACAGUGUGGAUGUGGGCAUGACGGGGAAUGUUACGUUGUCUUUGAACAAGGACAAUGUGCAGGUUGGUGUUAGGGCUGUUGGAGCGAAUGGGUGGAAGAGUCCUGCUGUUUUCCCUUUGCCUGUUAACAGGUAA